AUGGAGCCUGAGUCUGGUAUUUCCCCUCCUCGGAAUCCUACUCAGUUUUCCUGGGCAUAUCUCUCGAGGAACCUAAUACUAGCAUACCAAAGCCUUGGGGUUGUAUAUGGAGACUUGAGUACUUCACCUCUUUAUGUCUACAGAAGCAUAUUCGUAGGGAAGCUGCAGAAUCAUCAAAAUCAGGAAGCUAUAUUUGGUGCAUUUUCAUUGAUCUUCUGGACCCUAACAUUAAUUCCUUUGCUCAAAUAUGUCAUUUUGCUAUUGAGUGCUAAUGAUAAUGGUGAAGGCGGGACAUUUGCUCUUUACUCACUACUUUGCAGGCACGCUAAGUUUGGUUUGCUUCCCAAUCAACAAGCAGCUGAUGAGGAGCUGUCUGCUUACAAAUAUGGCCCCCCAGGACAUUCCACAUCCUCUUUAGCACUUAAGAGAUUUCUGGAGAAGCAUAAAAGGUUGCGGACUGCGCUACUCAUUGUGGUAUUAUUGGGAGCUUCCAUGGUGAUUGGUGAUGGUGUGAUCACCCCUGCCAUUUCAGUUUUAUCAUCAGUAGCAGGGCUUCAAGAAACUGAGCAACAUCUGACCAAUGGUGAAGUGCUAUUUUUUGCUUGUGUCAUAUUGAUUGGCCUGUUCGCUCUGCAACAUUUCGGCACCCACAGGGUAGCUUUUCUGUUUGCACCAAUUGUUAUCAUCUGGUUGAUAUCAAUUUUUUCCAUUGGUCUGUACAAUACCAUAUAUUGGAAUCCGAAAGUUGUGUUUGCUCUUUCUCCACAUUAUAUUGUCAAGUACUUUCGCGAGACUGGUACCGACGGCUGGAUUGCACUUGGAGGGAUCCUUCUCUCAAUAACAGGUACAGAAGCUAUGUUUGCAGAUCUUGGUCAUUUCACUGCCUUAUCAAUAAGG